CGCUGGACCCGCCAACGUCAACGCUUUCUACAAUCCAAAUGGCAACGAAGUGGUGUUUCCGUCUGGCAUACUACAGGAUCUUUUCUUUAAGCAUGGACUUCCAUGGUCUAUAAACUUUGGGUCUAUUGGCGCGGUGAUUGGACAUGAAAUCACACACGGACUAGACUUCACAGGAAGCCAGUUUGAUGCAGAAGGUCGACUGGAUCCUUGGUGGAGCGAACAAGCGCAGACGAAUUACGAGGAAAAGGCGGCUUGUUUUAUAAGACAAUAUGGCGAUAUAAUAAACCCAGAUGUAAACUUAACGCUUAGAGGAAGCGAUACUGUAAACGAAAACGUCGCAGACAAUGGUGGAUUGCGGAUGGCCUUCGCGGCGUAUGAAGAAAUAACAAAGGAAAAAGGCAAGAAAACGGAUACUCGAUUACACGGCCUGGAACACAUUGCUGGAAAACAAUUAUUCUUUCUGUCGAAUGCGAUGGCAUGGUGUGAAGUCAUCACUGAAGACGGGCUCCGGUGGGAUAUUGAACAAAGCAGGUACAGUCCAAACCAAUACAGGGUCAAUCUACCCAUGAUGAACAUGGCAGAAUUCUCUGAAACGUUUAAAUGCUCGAAGCAAGUAGCGAUGAAUCCCAAUACAAGAUGUACUCUAUGGGGACUCACAUCGACAGAAACAAAACAAGCGACAGAAGAAGCCGACACAGCUUUGCAAGGACACGGAAGGCAGCAAUAAAGCGCUUAUGUA